GCAUGCGGAAGAAGUGCGACUCUUAGUCACAGUUGAAGUACCUAAAACUAUUAAUAUUUCAAGUGCAUAUUCAUGUUUUCGUUUUAUUUAUGUGUAUUUGUUUGGUGGCAGUGCUCGAGAUAGAUAAAUCAAAAUCACGUAGAAAGUGUUGCGCAUCGCAAUUUUAUUAACACCUUUGCCAACACACAUCCCGGAGCGUGGACAUCACUUUAAAUGGGAAUAAAAUUCAACGCCAUCAAUAAAGAGCACAAAAUCAGCAUAAUAAAAUCUGUAAUAAAAAACACUGCGUAUCGACUUUUUUGUAAAGCAAACUAAAUAAAAUAAAAACAACAAACUAAGCGAAAAGCUGGGAAAAACCACAACUUCAAGAUUAGCACAUCCAAGCCGCUCAUUAUAUGCCACAUCAUGAUUAUCAACACCUCGGCAAUAUACCCAAUUAAGUUUUGUUUUUCUUUUCUCCGUCCUAUUUUUUUAAGUGCGUUGUUGCAUUGUGUUAAAGAAAAAUAAAAAAUAAAAUAAUUAAUGCCUGCAUAUUUCUGUGUGAGUGUGCAAUAUAUACUAAGCAGAUGUGUUUACGCACACACACACAUACACCGACAUUAAUGUGCUUACUUAAAAAUGCAAAACAAUAUACGUAAACAAAAUAAACUAAAAACAUGCAACUCAAAAACUACAACAUUUCAUCAGAUCAGCACGUGCACCACCCUCAGCAUUGACAGCAAAAAAUAGCAGAUGACAAAAAGUGUAUCAUGAAAACCGAUUUAAAGUUUUAAGCAAAAAAAUAAAUAAAUAAAUGUAAAAAAAAAUUAAGUAAUUCAGUGCAAAAAACGGUACUAGCAGUGAGACUUGUGGCAUUGUCAUAACCUAAAUGUAAAUAAGCUACGUAUUUAGCUACUUUGUACGGCACCAUCACCGCCACCAGCAGCAUCAACAUCAUCAAAAAGCAAAAACAAAACACAACCAUUUUCAAUACUUUUAAGCACUGCAACGGAAAAACAUGACAAUAAACGUGCACGUGUGUUAGUUAGAUUUUGUGCGCGUGUGAUUGUGUGCAAAUGCGGUGCACGUGAAAUAAAAAGUGUAGCAGGGCAGUGAACGAGCAUUCAAAAUGCUUAACGGAUUAAAAGUUCUUAUGUUUUUAUGGAUGGCGCACGUGGCGAGCAACUGGAUGCAUUUCACCGGCGUUCAAGCACAGCCGUCAUCGUUAACCGAGAAAAUUCCAUUAGGCGCUAUAUUCGAGCAGGGCACCGAUGAAGUGCAAUCAGCGUUUAAAUACGCAAUGCUCAAUCACAACCUCAAUGUAUCGUCACGCCGCUUCGAGCUGCAAGCGUACGUGGAUGUGAUCAACACAGCAGAUGCAUUUAAACUGUCACGCUUAAUAUGCAAUCAAUUUUCGCGUGGCGUUUAUUCCAUGUUGGGUGCUGUAUCGCCGGAUUCAUUUGAUACAUUACACUCGUACAGCAAUACAUUUCAAAUGCCAUUCGUGACACCAUGGUUUCCAGAGAAAGUGCUGACACCCUCUUCCGGCUUCCUCGACUAUGCCAUAAGUAUGCGUCCGGAUUAUCAUCAGGCGAUUAUCGAUACAAUACAAUUUUAUGGUUGGCGUAAAAUAAUUUAUCUCUACGAUUCGCAUGAUGGACUCUUACGGCUGCAGCAAAUUUACCAAGGGCUCAAGCCAGGCAACGAGUCAUUUCAAGUGGAAAUGGUAAAGCGCAUUGCAAAUAUCACAAUGGCCAUCGACUUCCUGCAUACGCUCGAGGACUUGCGACGUUUCACUAACAAAUAUAUCGUGCUAGAUUGCCCAACGGAAAUGGCCAAGCAGAUACUCAUUCAACAUGUGCGCGAUAUAUCGCUGGGACGGAGAACGUAUCACUAUUUGCUAAGCGGUUUGGUAAUGGAUGAUCGUUGGGAAAGUGAAAUCAUCGAAUUUGGUGCUAUCAAUAUAACCGGAUUCCGUAUUGUUGACACUAAUCGGCGUUUUGUACGUGAUUUCCUUGACAGUUGGAAGCGCUUGGAUCCAGCAACAUCGAUUGGUGCGGGCAGGGAAUCGAUUUCGGCACAGGCCGCCCUCAUGUACGACGCCGUUUUUGUUCUGGUCGAAGCCUUCAACAAAAUAUUGCGAAAGAAACCUGAUCAAUUCCGCAACAACAUACAACGACGAGGUCAACAAACACUUAUGGCAGCAGCCUCCACGUCCAUUAACGGUACAAUGGGCAUGUCUGGUGGCGGGAAUGCUGGUGGCAUUGGUAGCAGUAUUGGUGGUAGCGGCAGCGGCGGAGGUGGUGGCACUGGCGGUGGUGGUGGAGGUAAUGGCGGCGGCAACACGCCACGAGCACUCGACUGCAACACAUCGAAGGGUUGGGUAAACCCAUGGGAGCAUGGUGAUAAAAUUUCGCGCUAUUUGAGAAAGGUGGAAAUCGAAGGUCUCACGGGUGACAUUAAAUUCAACGAUGAUGGCCGUCGUAUAAACUACACAUUGCACGUUGUCGAAAUGACUGUCAACAGCGCCAUGGUGAAAGUGGCUGAAUGGAGUGACGAUGCUGGCCUCCAACCUUUAUCUGCGAAGUACGUGCGCUUGCGACCUCAUGCCGAAAUCGAGAAAAAUCGUACAUACGUCGUUACCACAUUACUCGAAGAGCCGUAUAUCAUGUUGAAACGUCCCAAUAUUGGUGAGCAAUUGGAUGGAAAUGAUCGUUUUGAGGGUUACUGCAAAGAUUUAGCCGAUUUACUGGCCAAGAAGUUGGGCAUCAUUUAUGAGUUACGCUUGGUCAAAGAUGGUACAUACGGUUCAGAGAAUCCAGCAGUGCGCGGUGGCUGGGAUGGUAUGGUCGGUGAACUGGUGCGCAGGGAAGCGGAUAUUGCAAUCGCUGCUAUGACUAUUACCGCCGAACGGGAGCGUGUCAUCGAUUUCAGCAAGCCAUUCAUGUCGCUGGGCAUUUCGAUAAUGAUUAAGAAGCCAGUGAAGCAAACACCGGGCGUAUUCAGUUUCAUGGAUCCUUUAUCGCAGGAAAUUUGGAUGAGCGUCAUCUUCAGUUACAUCGGUGUUAGUAUCGUGCUCUUCUUUGUGUCCCGUUUCUCACCGUAUGAAUGGCGCAUCGUGCAAUAUCAGACAGAUUCACAUGCACAUCACGAUCAAAUGGCCAAUCAACAGCCGCCUGGCAUUAUUGGUGGUGUACCUGUGCCUGGCCCGAUGGCCGGUGGGACCAGCGCUACUGCCAGUCCGGCGAAUAUUGGCAUAGGCGGUGGUGGCGGUGUCGCCGGAAGUGUUGGCCUCGGCUCAUCCGCCACCGCAGCGGCCAACGAGUUUAGCAUUUUGAAUUCAUUUUGGUUUGCCUUGGCCGCUUUCAUGCAACAGGGCUGCGACAUAUCACCGCGUUCCAUCUCCGGUCGCAUAGUUGGUGCCGCUUGGUGGUUUUUCACGCUCAUACUAAUUUCAUCAUAUACAGCCAAUUUGGCAGCAUUUCUCACAGUCGAACGGAUGGUGACACCAAUCAAUUCACCCGAAGACUUAGCUAUGCAAACGGAAGUUCAGUAUGGUAUGCUGUUGCAUGGCUCCACAUGGGACUUUUUCCGGAGAUCCCAAAUCGGCUUACAUAACAAAAUGUGGGAGUACAUGAAUUCGCGCAAGCAUGUCUUUGUGAGCACAUACGAUGAAGGCAUACGACGCGUGCGAACAUCGAAAGGCAAAUAUGCGCUACUGAUGGAAUCACCAAAGAAUGAAUACGUGAAUGCUAGGGAACCCUGCGAUACGAUGAAAGUCGGCCGUAAUCUGGAUACGAAAGGAUUUGGCAUCGCAACUCCCAUCGGAUCGCCAUUGAGAGAUCCGAUUAAUUUGGCUGUACUAUCGCUGAAAGAGAAUGGUGAAUUGAUAAAACUACGCAAUAAAUGGUGGUAUGACAAAACGGAAUGCAACCUCAACAAGGACAAUCAAGAGACAUCGCGCAGUGAAUUGUCGUUGAGUAAUGUAGCUGGCAUAUUUUAUAUAUUGAUUGGUGGCCUCUUAGUGGCCGUUUUUGUGGCUAUCAUUGAGUUUUGCUUUCGUAGCAAAACGUCAGCGCAAAAGGCGAAUGGCUCCAUGUUAAGUUCAGCGUCCGGUGGUGGUUCACAUCAAAGAAAUUCUCUAACAGAUGCCAUGCAUUCCAAAGCGAAAUUGACUAUUCAAGCGAGCAGAGAAUACGAUAAUGGACGCGUUGGGUACCUCAAUUGUGCCUCUUUGCAGUAUUAUCCAGCUGGACAAUUGAGUGCCGCAGCCGAGGCUGAGACAAUGCACAUGAAUGCGCACAGUCAGGUUUGACAUGAGCAUGCGCAGGAAUCGCGCCUUUGACGUACACCCUGCGCACCAACAAUACGCCGCAUAAUGGCCAAUAGCCGGCAAGAGACGGAAAAGAUAUUGAGCAAUCAUGAUCAAAAUACCACAACAAUGCCGGGCAGCCAGAAUAGUACGCUAAUGCGAAAUCCCGAUGUAAAUCAUCCCUAUGCCAAAUAAACGUAUACAUAUACACAAAUAGAUGUAUGUACGUCGUACUUAAGUAAAUUGAAUAGCGCUAGCUAAAAACAAAAACAAAAUACAACAACACAUAAUUAAUAGAAAAAGAGCAAAAACACUAAGUUGUGUGUAUGUGUAGUUGUAACAAUAAGAGUGAAAAUAAAAUAAAUGUUUUACCUAAGUAAACAUGCAUACCUACACACAUACAUAUGUACACAUAUUAAGUUAGCAAUAAAUCAUAUGAUGAUAAGUGAGUGCGCUAACCAACAACAGGCGUAUACAUACACACAUACAUAAAUGCAAAGAAACUAAUUUUACACACACAGGUUAGGUGACAGAGACUGGCCUGCAGUCUAUGAAAUAAUCAGGCGUAACGCGUAAUUAUUUGAGCGUUUGCCUUUUACAAAGGCAAAUCAUAUAAGCAUUUCAAAUUUUCGUGUUGAAUGAAAAACAAAUUCAUAAGUUUAUUCCACAGCACAUCUUAUAAGUUUAGCUUUUGAGAAAACGCAAAACACCGAAAUUAUUUUUGGCUUGUGAAAUAUCGAUACAUAGUACGAAGUACGUACAUACUACUUUUAUAAAACGCUUUAGAAAUGUUCUGUUUGUGUGGGAAGAGUUAAGGUCCAUCAUUAUUUUUAUCACAUUUUCACAAAAUUAAUAAGAAUUGCAAACUAAAAAAUAAAACAUCAGUUAGAAGUUGCAGCUUCAAGGUUAUAGGAAAGCAGUAAACAUUAAAAAUACACUGAUUUAUUGGAAUUUAAAAAUAUAUAAAGCAGAACAGUGCUUCCAGAUACUCGAGCUCAGUUGUCGGUUGGCGCAAAAUUAAUCCCCCUAUGGAAAAUUUAUAAUACUUCAAAAUGACGUCAAUCAUUUUUGAUAGUAGCUGCACUAAACAAGCAGUGGAGCCGGUUAUGGUUAAAAUUAAGACUCCAUCAUUCAAAAUCUUUUAAUUAUUUAUUAAAAUAUUAAUCAAAACCCAAAAUUGGAUGAUUAAUUUUGUGCCACCUUGUAGUAAGCCUGAAUUUUUUUAAUUCUCCAUUAGCUCGUUAGAAUGUCCGCUAAAAAGAUCUUCAAAAUUUCAUUUCCGACUCAAGAUUCACAAAAUCUAUGUAUUCUUAUUUUUACAUACUAAAUAUGAACUAUUUUUUUGUAGUUUAUAAAUUUCUAAGCCAUUAAUGGCGACCACCGCAGCCGAAUGGGUUGGUGCGUGAUUACCAUUCGGAAUUCACAGAGAGAACGUACAUUCGAUUCUCUGUCAAAUACCAAAAUUAAGAAAAACAUUUUUCUAAUAGCGGUCACCCCUCGGCAGGCAAUGGCAAACCUCCGAGUAUAUUUCUGCCAUGAAAAAACUCCUCAUGGAAAAAUAUCUGCCGUUCGGAGUCGGCUUGAAAUUGUAGGCCCCUUCAUUUGCGGAAAAACAUCAAGACGCAUGCCGCAAAUAGGAGGAAGAGCUCGGCCAAACACCCAAAAAGGGUGUACGCGCCAAUUAUAUAUUUAUAUAUUAUAUAAUACUAAAUCACAUUUUGACAUGGUCAAAAAAUAUUCUUACCGAUGGUAUGUUCGAACCUUCGUGCAUGAAAAGUGUUUUCUAACAGCAGUCGCCAAGAAAAGCUUCCUGCCAUGAAAAAAAUCCUCUUCAUAAAAAUAUUUGAGUCAGGUUAAAACUAUGGCGUCAGUCAUCGUUGUUAUAGCCCCGGAAUAGGAGGAGGAGCGCGGUCAAACACCCUAAAAGUGUGUAAGCGUGCGUUAAAAUAUCUUAAACUAACACUAAGUUAGACUAGCGCAAUUAUUUCAUCUUAUCUCAAUGCUGACAGACAAACUAUGCUAACUCUUUGCGAACUUUGUCUUAACUGCUGGCUAUUGGUAUUCACUUUGAAUCGUUUGCCUGCCUAACUGACAAGAUAAUAAAACAAAUGUUCUUUCUAAAUUUAUUUCGCACUUUUGAUCAAGAAAAACAUUCGUGGAUAUGCAUACACGCCUACACUUACAUGCAAUGCGGAGCAGCUCAGUGCAGCACAAAAACGCGUUACAAGUGCAAAUUAGUUCACUAAUACACGCGCAACUUACACAAUUUAAACUAAACGAAUAUAAGAAACAAAAUGUGAGAAGUGUUUAUAUACACCCACACGUAUACACGUACAUACAUCACACUUACGGAUAUGUAUGUAUAUUGGUUAAGACUUAGGUAGUAAUCAUAGAUAUAAAUUAUUAAAUCAACAGUGAGAGUAAAUUAAACGGUACAUUAAUUGAAAAAUAAAGAAAUAAGUGAAAAAUAAAAAAAUUAAGAAAUGUAAUAAUAAAAUAAUGAAAUCUUAUAAAAGAAUUAAAUUUUAAGUGAUGCUGCCAGCUUGGAAGCGUUGAUAUAGCAAAUAUAAGAAAACGGAAGCUAAAGGCAACUACCAAAAAACAAUAAGAAAAUUGCUAAAUGCAAGCAGUCACAUGAGUAUGUCACGAGUAUGCGUUUGCGUUUGGAUGUCUGUAUUAGAAACUAAAACGCACAUUACUGUCAAGAAACCUGAAUGUAACUAAAUAAUUGUACGCCGCAAACUAGGCAACGUUUUAAACAGCAUUGCAGAUGCACUUACACCUGUACGUAUAAUCACACAUACGAGCAUAUAUAAGUAUGGCUUGUGUUGCUGGCAAUUUGAUUAUUUAUUAAUAACGGCAGGAAUGCUGCCACGCAUAAAACGAACACACUUACAUAUGUGCGUACAUACAUAUAUUUAUAAAAUAAAUAAGUUAGCUGAACAAAGGUAAAAAAUGCGCUCGUGAACAUUACCAACAUACGAAUGUAAGCGUACUCAUACACAUACACGCAUAUGUAUACACACCCACACACAUUCACAUUUAGGUUAAAUGAAAACUGCAAUUAAUUGCAUUGAAAUGACUGAACAUUAACAAUUUUUAAUUAUUAUAUGCAAAAAAUAUCGUAACGUAAGUAUUAACAAAUAAAUGCGAAAUUCUUGCAAAAUGCAUAAAUAGUUCGUGAAAAAGUAAAUAAGUGCGUACUAAAAAGGAAAUAAAUAAAUAAAAAACGUAUACAUUUGCAGUCCUCGUUAGCUAUACUUGUAUGUAUGUAAUGAUUGCCAUUGACAGAUUAUAUAGUUUUUACAUACAUAUUAUACAUUAAUAUGAAAUGGCACACACAUGAAUACAUACGUAUGGA